AUGCUUGAUCCUAUUGUUGGAUCAUGUGCCAAGAAGUUGCAAGAUGUAAUAACAGAGAAGGCUGUUAUGAUUCUAGGGGUAAAAGAAGAGCUCAGAAAAAUGCAGAGAACAAUGAAACAAAUACAAUGCUUUCUCCAUGAUGCUGAGCAAAGAAGGACAGAAGAGUCAGCGGUUAACAACUGGCUUGGAGACCUGAAAGAUGCAAUGUAUGAAGCCGAUGAUAUAAUAGAUUUGGCUAGAUUAGAAGGAAGCAAACUGCUAGCAGACCGUCCAUCAUCAUCUAAAAACAUUGCUUCAUGUACAGGCUUCUCAUUUCUAUCUUGCAUUCCUAAUAUUCAAAGACGUCAUGCAAUCGCCGUUCGAAUAAAAAAUUUCAAUGUUGAACUUGAGAAGAUUUCAAAGCUGGGUGAAAGAUUUUUGAUGCUGAAGAAUAUGCAACCGAAAGAAGAGAAUCCAGUAGUGAGGCAGAUGAAAACUUGUGAGCUUGUGGAGCCUAACCUCGUGGGAAAGGAAACUUUUGUUGCUUGCACAAGAUUGGUGGAACUGAUUCUGGCACAUAAAGAAAAUAAGUCAUACAAGAUUGGCAUUGUUGGAACGGGAGGUGUUGGAAAAACAACUUUGGCUCAAAAAGUAUACAAUCACCAAAAAAUAAAAGGCACUUUUAGCAUGCAAGCGUGGAUUUGUGUUUCUAAAGAGUACUCUGAAGACACUCUUUUGAAAGAAGUUCUUCGAAAUAUUGGUGUAGACUAUAAGCAAGAUGAAACUGUUGGAGAACUUAAAAAAAGGCUUGAUACAGCAGUUCAAAAUAGAAGUGUAUUUAUUGUGCUUGAUGACAUAUGGAAACAUGAUGCAUGGACUAAUCUACUAAGAACUCCAUUAAACACUUCAUCUACAACAAUAGUUCUUGUGACUACACGUAAUGAUAUUGUGGCACGAGCAAUUGGUGUGCAGGAUGUUCAUCGAGUAGAAUUGAUGUCUGAUGACACAGGAUGGGAGUUGUUGUGGAAAAGUAUGAACAUUAAUGAAGAGACUGAAGUGGCAAACCUAAGGGGUCUGGGGAAUGAGAUUAUCCAUAUGUGUGGUGGCCUUCCCCUUGCAAUCAAGGUUACUGCUAGUGUUCUAGCAACCAAAGAGAAAACUGAGAAUCAGUGGAGACAACUUAUAAACAGAAGUGCUUGGUCCAUGAGCAAAGUUCCCAUUGAGCUAAGGGGGGCAUUGUAUUUGAGUUAUGACGACCUUCCAGGGCAUUUGAAGCAUUGCUUUCUAUUUUGUUCCUUAUAUCCAGAAGAUAGUAACAUGUCUCGUAAUGAUCUUAUAAGGUUUUGGGUUGCAGGAGGUUUUGUACAGGAGCAAGGAGAGCAACUUCUUGAGGAUAUAGCUGAUGAAUAUUACAAUGAAUUGAUAUACAGGAAUGUCCUUCAUCCAAACCCUCAAUCUGCUGAUUAUUCUUUAUGUAAAAUGCAUGAUCUUUUAAGGCAGCUUGGUCAACAUUUGUCGCAGGGUGAAUUUUUUUGUGGACAUCCACAAACAUUGGAAGAUAAAAAUUUGUCCAAACUACGGCACAUUUCAAUUUUUACUGAUAGUGAUUCUAUAACUCUCCCCAAUGGGAACAAAGAGGAUAUUAGAGCCCGAACAUUGCUUAUUGGUUGGACCAAGUCAGCAAGAGUUGAAAAUACAAUAUUCAAAAGACUUCCAUGUGUUCGAGUUUUGGAUUUAACUAGAUCAAUUAUACAAAGUGUUCCAGAUUCUAUUGGGACUUUGAUCCACCUUCGGUUACUUGAUUUUGAUGGGACUGACAUAUCCUAUCUUCCCGAGUCAAUUGGUUCUCUUAACUCUUAUGUUGUCCCCUUCCCCAGCAAAGAAGAACUGGAUCGCAUGAUAGCAAUAGACACCAUCAACACAAAGAACAAGGAAGGCACUAUAUCUUUUGCUGAGUUUGUGGAUGAUGUGCAGCCUAUUAAGGUGUUGGAGCAGGCAACAGGUCAAGCCCGCAUUCUAGUGGCUGUUUUUGACCCCAAGAAGAUACCAGGUAUGGCGGACGUUUGUGUUGGCACUAGUAUCUACCGCCUAUUUUUCAAGGCGGAGGAAGAUUUACAAGCCGACACCGGUGCUGAUCCGUCUGAUGAGGACUUGUUGAGUGAUAAAGAUCUGGAGGAGGGAGACCGUGAAAUGGAAGAUGCGGAAGAUCCUAACCCAGAACCCUCGGGAUAA